AUGGCGAUCGAGAUAGAACGAUCUCCCGUCAAAAAGGUGGUAAUGCCGUCAUCCACCGCCACAGUACGCCUAAAGGUCUCUCGAACGUAUCUCAGCGACAUCGCGUUCGUUGCCGGCAAUGCGCGGUUAAAUUUCCUCACCAUUACUGAAAGCCGGCUAAAAACCAUCCCGAGCACCAUCGUACAUCUGGUAGCGUUGGAAACGGUCGCAAUAACAAAAUCACCCAUCGAAACGGUCAACUUGUGGCUGUUCAGCAAGCUGACGCGUCUGUACGAGCUUAAUCUGUGCAGUAACAAAAUUCUGUUUCUUCAUCUGCCGGCCACAUCUGCAGGCGAUUUCGCGAGCUUGCGACUGUUGUUUCUGGCGGACAAUCUGCUGACCACGAUCAAUUUGGGCGCGUUCAACGGGAUGCAGGCACUGCAGACGCUAGACUUCCAGAACAACCGGAUCCGGCGCGUGCAAGGGGCGCUGGUGUCGAAUAGCUUGCAAACGCUCGAACUGUCCGGGAACCGUUUGGAGACGCUGUACUGUUGCGAGUGGCAUCUUCCCAAUUUGAACCACCUCGCGUUGAGUCUAAAUGUGCUGUCGAUGUUACCGACCUGCCUGUCUUUGACCAUGCCCAACGUGCUGUACCUGAUACUCGACAGGAACGCACUAAUCGAUAGCGGUACGUGGUACAACAUCUUUACGCUGAAACGUUUGCAACAGCUAGACAUUAGCCACAACCGGCUGACGAAGGCAGUCUUGGACAACAUUUCGAAUUCGCUGCUGUUUCUCGACCUGCAGUACAACAACAUAACAGUGCUGCAUGUUCCGGCUGCGCGCAUGGGUUUGAGAAUUACUGCAUCUUACAAUGCGAUCGACACGUUCGAUAUCAAAAGUCUGUCACCGAACGUUACGACGCUAGAAAUGUUUUGCAACCCAAUCGACUGCUCGUUCAAUCGUGCACGCAUGCAGAUUGGUCAAGAGCCUCUAGCGAGAUCACUCCGCUUCCAUUGUGACGGAGAUUUCAUAUGUGAAAUAUGGCACUGGAACCCAACCGAGGAGGGAGCGUUGGUGUUGGAGCAGAUCCCAAUCACGCACGGUGCGAUCGAGCUGCACAAUUUGUUGGCUACGGAAAUAUCCAGCAAUUUGUUUGCGUAUUUUGAGGCACAGCGUCGCAACAUUUUGCAGAUGCAUACCACAAUCACUGUGAUCGGGUCAACGCUGCGCGGUUUUGUGCUGGAAGACAAUGCUACCUACAACAUGGUAUGCCUUGAGAAAACUCAACUCAACCAUAUAUCUUUCGGGACGCGGUGCAAUUUGGAGACUUUAAAGAUACAACACAGCAACCUCGAGCAGUUACCACAAUCAAUAGGCAACCUGAAGGCGUUGGAAAGUUUAACACUGAGUCACUCGCUUAUUCAAGCGAUUGAUCUCAAUUUGGUAGCUGAAUUGUCCCGUUUGGUUUUGCUAGAUUUGAGCAAAAACCGGCUGCACUCGCUGUACGACUCGUGUGCCAGGACAACGACACACCGGUUUCCGUUGCUGUCUGAACUAUACCUAGGAGAAAACAAGCUGAAAAGUAUCAACAUGGACGUGUUCCAGCCGAUGGUGUCACUCACUUGGCUCGAUCUGUCCCACAACCACAUCACCGUGGUAUCGGGCUCGUUGGUGGCGACCAGUUUGAUCUCGCUCGAUUUGUCCUUCAAUCGUCUAGUGGAGAUGGAUUGCUGUGGAUGGGUGAUUCCAAAGCUGUACGGUAUGAUCAUUAACGACAAUCGAUUGCCAGCGUUGCCCAGGUGUCUGGAGCAUGCAUUCCAGAAUGUGACUCAUUUGACGUUUGACACGAAUCAACUUCAGCCGGAUAUAAUGUUCCAGCUCUUCAGACUUACGAACAUUGAGUUAUUAAGCAUAACGGACAACAAGCUGACAAACGUUCCGCUGAACGAGAGUACCAUACCCAAGCAACUGAAGUAUUUGAAUCUCGGGCACAACAACUUAAAACGCCUGGAUGUACCGUAUGUACCGAGCAAAGAUUUACACAUCGACGUUAGCUCGAACUGCAUUAGCAAAAUAGAUUGGGACAGAGUUUCGGCCAAUCUAACGAAAUUAGGAAUGGAAGGAAAUCCAUUGGACUGCAGUUUCUACAGCAUUUCCACUAGAGCGGACAUUCAGUCGAAACUGGUAUGUAAAAAGCACCGCAUUGAGCGUUGUGAUUCAUAA